CGCUUCAUUACACAUACACAAGCACCUUAGAAUAGUAAAAAUUUCAGAUAAGAUCGAAUAAUGGAGAUGAUAGUUGAGGACAUCGUGAUUGUGGGAGCAGGAAUUGCUGGCCUUGCAACAUCCUUAGGACUUCACAGGUUGGGUGUGGCAAGUUUGGUGUUAGAAUCAUCGGAGAAGUUGAGAGUUUAUGGCUUUGGACUCACAACAUGGACUAAUGCUUGGAAGGCCUUGGAUGCUCUCGGCAUUGGAGACAUCCUACGCCACCAACACCUACGUCUAACCAAGAGUGUUACGACUUCUUUGAUUAUGGGUCAAGAAACAUCAACUACCUCUUUGAGGGGCACAGCAAAGCAUUGCGGAGACAUUGAAGUUCGUUGUGUUCUAAGACAGUUAAUGGUGGAAGCACUUGCCAAUGAGCUUCCAAGUGGAACAGUCAGAUAUUCCUCAAAGCUCAUUGCAAUAGAAGAUUCUGGAUUCUCCAAGAUACUUCAUCUUCAAGAUGGAACAACCAUCAAAACAAAGGUAUUGAUAGGGUGCGAUGGUAUAAAGUCGGUGGUUGCAAAGUGGUUAGGGUUGAGGGGAACCUCUUUCACAGGCAGAUAUUGUGUGAGGGGUUGUGUUAAUAAUAAUCAUGGCCAUGGGCUUCAACCCAGUUUCAUGCAUUUCUUUGGGAAAGGCUUUCGUUCUGGUUUUCUCCCCUGUGAUCACAAAACCGUUUACUGGUUUUUGACUUGGACUCCAAAUAACGAAGAAUUGGAGAUGGCAAAGAGCCCAAAUAAAAUGAAGCAAUUUGUGUUGAGCAAGCUUGAGAAAGCACCAAGUGAUAUUAGAAGAAUCAUAGAAAAAACAGAAGCAGAAGAUAUAUUCACAGCUGCAUUGAAAUAUAGACCUCAAUGGGAGCUUAUAAGAGGAAACAUUAGCAAAGGUAAUGUUUGUGUUGCUGGAGAUGCAUUUCACCCAAUGGCCCCUGACCUUGGCCAAGGUGGUUGCUGUUCCUUAGAAGAUGCUGUUGUUUUGGCCAGGUGUGUUGCUCAGGUCUUCAACAGAAAGAAUAAUGAUUAUGAUAAUAAUAUUAUUGAAGAAGAAAAAGAAAAGGAUCUUUACAAAAGAGUUGAGGCUGCAUUGGAGAAAUAUGCAAAUGAGAGAAAAUGGAGGAGCAUUGAUAUUAGUGUUACAUCUUUGGUGGUGGGUUUUAUUCAGCAGGGUGAUUUGGAUUUUGUGUCCCAUUUAAGGGACAAAUAUUUGGCUUCAUUUUUAGCUCAUUUGAUGGUCAACAAGUCAGAUUUUGACUGUGGUAGACUAAACAUUGUCACCCCUUACUCUUAGCUAGAGUUUGUUCUUCGAGAUUAA